AUGCCCGCGGACCUCGAGAAACCGCCGCCGGAGCGACGCCAGGAUAAAACACCGCGCCAGCCGUCCAUUGCGUCUGCGGCAACGACAGAGACGCCGCCGGCUCACGAUACCGAGAAGGGUCUGCCCGCGCGCGCUGCGUCCCCGGCGAGCAAGAGCACCUCCGGCGAGGACAGACGCACCGGGCCCGAGGCCAAGGCCGAUGCCGGGUCCGGGGUCCUCGCCGUCGGCUGCGGCCGGACCGCGUCCCGUGCAUCGUCGACGACACGCCCCAGGAUCGUGGCCAUUGUGCCGCGCGCGCAGAGGAGAGGCCUGUUUGCGGGCUUCGCCGUCACGCCAGAGGUCGAGAGGCCGUAUGACUACACGAAUUCAACGAAAUGGGGCAUCACGGCGACGAUAGCGCUGGCGACGCUGGCCGCGCCCAUGGGAUCGUCUAUUUUCUACCCUGCCCUCCACGGACUCACCGCCGAGUUCAGCACCUCGUCGACCGUCGCCAACCUCUCCGUGGCGCUGUACAUGCUCUCCAUGUCCAUCUUCCCGCUGUGGUGGUCGUCGUUUUCCGAGGAGUUUGGCCGGCGCAGCGUCUACCUCGUCUCGUUCAUGCUGUUCGUCGUCUUCUCGGUGCUGUGCGCCGUCAGCCGGAACAUGGCCAUGCUCGUCGUCUUCCGCGUCCUGACGGGCGGCGCGUCGGCGAGCGUCCAGGCCGUCGGCGCCGGCACCAUCGCCGACAUCUGGGAGAGCUUCGAGCGCGGCCGCGCCAUGGGCAUGUUCUACCUGGGCCCGCUGCUGGGGCCCGUCAUCUCCCCCGUGCUGGGCGGUGCGCUGUCCCAGAGCCUCGGCUGGCGCGCGUGCAUGUACUUCCUCGCCGGGUACGGGCUCUGCGUGCUCGCCAUGCUGCUGCUGUUCCUGCCGGAGACGCUGCCGCGGCCCAAGCUCGAGCCGGCCGGGCCUCCUCCUCCCCCUCUCGCCCUGCGGCGCAUGUCGACGAGGGAGUCGGCCGGGCUGCGCUCGAGGCGGCUCGCCGCCGGCCUCAAGAGGUUCCUGGUCGACCCCCUGGCCGUGCUGCUGUUUCUGCGCUUCCCGCCGGUGCUCAUCACCGUCUGUCUCGCUGCCAUUGCCUUUGGCGCCCUCUUCGUCGCCAACAUCUCCAUCCAGCAGGAGUUUGCCAGGGCCCCGUACCGCUUUGAGCAGCUCGUCGUCGGGCUCUUGUACUUGCCGCCUGGCCUGGGGUACUUCUUGGCCUCCGUCUCUGGCGGCAGCUGGACCGACAGCAUCAUGGCCCGCGAGGCGGUGAGGGCGAAUCGCUACGACGAGCGCGGCAAGCUCAUCCUCCUGCCCGAGGACCGCAUGCGUGAGAACGUGUGGAUUGCGAAUACCCUCUACCCCUGCGGCCUGCUUCUCUUCGGAUGGACCCUCAACUACGGGGUGUUCUGGUUCGUGCCCUCCAUCGGCUCGUUCCUCUUUGGGAUCUCCUCCAUGCUCGUGUUUGUAAGUUGGUCCUCCUGA